AUGUCCGAUAUUUUGCUUACCAACAUAAAUUCCGUAGAGCCCAUGUUCGAUGAGCCAACCACCGUUAGCAAACCCAGCAAGAGAUGGCGCCUGGCCUCAGCUACUACUCCUUCCUUUGUUGUCCUCAAUGUUCAGCCCGAUGCCUUCUCAGGCAUUGAUCAGACAAGUCUCAAUGCAAUGGUGAGGAAGAAAAAGGUAGACCAGCUUCUUGAAGCCCAUGAAGUUCUCUUUGAUGUGCUGAGCUUAUUGUGGCUGACUUUGAUCCUGGACACGUUAUGUGCUAUAGCUCUUGCUACACAGCAGCCCACCAAGGAUCUCAAGGAGGGGCCACCUGUGAGCCAGACUCAGCCACUCAUUACCAACAUAAUGUGGAGGAAUAUAUUAUCCCAAGCAGUAUAUCAGAUAGCCGUUGGCUUGACCCUAAACUUCAAAGGAGAAUCAAUCUUCCAUGUUAACGAGAAGGUAAAGAACACCUUGAUACUCAAUAUCUCUGCAUUAUGCCAGGUUUUCAAUCUGGUCAAUGCAAAGAAGCUGGAGAAAAAGAACAAGUUGUUUUGGGGGACCACUGGGAUAGCCAUAGUCCUUGAGGUCGUUGCGGUAGAAUUUUUUAAGAAAUUUGGGGAUACGGAGAGGUUGAGCUGGGGACAAUGGGCUGCAUGUAUCGGGGUCGCAGCCGUAUCUUGGCCGAUCGGAUUCCUCGUCAAGUACAUUCCUUUCUGGAGUUGCGGUACAGCUGAAGAAGUACUUCUUGGCUGCAUGUCCGAUAUUUUCCUUACCAACACAAAUUCCGUAGAGCCCAUGCUCGAUGAGCCAACCACCGUUAGCAAACCCAGCAAGAGGCGCUUGGCCUCAGCUACUACUCCUUCCUUUGUUGUCCUCAAUGUUCAGCCCGAUGCCUUCUCAGGCAUUGAUCAGACAAGUCUCAAUGCAAUGGUGAGGGAGAAAAACGUAGACCAGCUUCUUGUAGCUGGGGGAGUAGUAGGUGUGGCUGGUGCUUUAAAAACAGACAUAAAAAAUGGAAUCGGUGGUGCUGUUGACGAUGUUGCUCUCAGACAGGCAGCUUUCGGUUCAAACACAUACCAGAGGCAGCCUGCUAAAAGCCUAAUCCACUUCGCGGUGGAAGCUUGUAAGGAUCUCACCAUUCUCGUACUUCUACUUUGUGCAACACUCUCUCUCGGUUUUGGAAUUAAAGAGCAGGGGCUGAAGGAAGGGUGGUACGAUAGUGCAAGCAUAUUUGUUGCCGUCCUUCUAGUCAUUUCUGUGUCUACUGUGAGUAACUUCUGGCAGAACAGACAGUUCCAAAGGUUGUCUAAAGUCAGCAACAACAUCAAAGUUGAUGUCGUCCGAAAUGGGCGCAGUGAUCAGCAGACCUCUAUAUUUGACAUAGUAGUUGGAGAUGUCGUUUGCGUAAAGAGUGGUGACCAAGUUCCCGCCGAUGGCUUGUUCUUGAACGGGCAUUCACUGCAAGUGGAUGAAUCCAGCAUGACCGGAAAGGGUGGCUGCGUGGAAGUUAAUAGCGACAAGAAUCCAUUUUUGUUGUCUGGAACCAAAGUGGCUGAUGGAUAUGCUCGAAUGCUUGUGACGUCGGUUGGUAUGAACACAACAUGGGGCCAGACGAUGAGCACAAUCAGCGGCGACACUAAUGAGCAUACACCCUUACAAGCCAGGCUUCAUAAACUUACCUCAUCAAUAGGUAAGGUUGGUUUGGCGGUUGCUUUUCUAGUGCUUGUAGUGUUGCUGGUUCGCUAUUUUACCGGGAAUACAGAAGAUGAGAAUGGAAAUCAGGAGUUCAUUGGCAGCAAGACAAAGGUUGUUGAUAUGGUGAAUUCCGUGGUAAGAAUCAUUGAGGCCGCAGUUACCAUUGUGAUUGCGGCAAUCCCAGAAGGCUUAUCGUUGGCUGUCACACUCAUUCUUGCCUCUUCAAUGGAGGGAAUGAUGGCUGACCAGGCUAUGGUUCGGAAGCUCUCUGCCUGUGAGACCAUGGGCUCUGCCACCACCAUUUGUACUGACAAAACAGGCAUUCUCACUCUGAACCAGAUGGAGGUGACAAAGUUUUGGCUUGGCCAAGAUCCUGUUGAAGUUUCCUCUUCAAUUUCUACAAAUCUUCUCAACCUCAUCCACCAAGGAGUUGCUCUGAACACAUUUGGUAGCGUUUACAGGGCUAUUUCAGGAUCUAAGUUCGAGUUCUCUGGUAGCCCAAUAGAAAAAGCAAUUCUUUCAUGGGCUGUACGGAAACUUGAUAUGGACAUGGAGACAACGAAGCUGAGUUGUACCAUUCUCCAUGUUGAACCCUUUAAUUCGGAGAAGAAAAGAAGUGGGGUUUCAAUGAGGAGCAACGCUGAUAACACAAUCCACGUGCACUGGAAAGGAGCUGCAGAGAUGAUACUAGCAAUGUGUUCGAGUUACUAUGACGCUUCUGGAAGCAUGAAAGAUCUGGAUGAUGGUGAACGGAUGAAAUUUGAGCAAAUAAUUGAAGGCAUGGCCUCUAGAAGCCUCCGCUGCAUUGCUUUUGCACAUAAACAAAUUCCAGAGGAAGACCAUGGAAUUGGGGUAGGCCUGAAAAAGCUGAAAGAAGACAACCUGACCCUUAUAGGACUGGUGGGGAUAGAGGACCCAUGUAGACCAGGAGUGAGAGAGGCUGUGGAAACUUGCAGAUGCGCUGGAGUGGACGUCAAAAUGAUAACCGGUGAUAAUAUAUUCAUUGCAAGAGCCAUAGCCACUGAUUGUGGAAUACUAAGACCUGAUCAAGGCACGACCAGUGAAGUAGUGGUCGAAGGUGAGGUAUUUCGGAAGUACACCCCAGAGGAGAGAAUGGAGAAAGUUGGUAAAAUUCGUGUGAUGGCUAGAUCCUCUCCCUUUGAUAAACAUCUUAUGGUACAGUGCUUGAAACAGAAAGGUCAUGUGGUUGCAGUGACAGGCGACUGCACAUAUGAUGCACCAGCAUUAAUGGAAGCCGACAUAGGACUUUGUAUGGGCAUACAGGGCACUCAAGUUGCAAAGGAGAGCUCAGAUAUCAUCAUAUUGGAUGAUAAUUUUGAUUCUAUUGCCAGGGUUUUCAUGUGGGGAAGGUUUGUUCAUUACAAUGUCCAGAAAUUCAUCCAGCUCCAACUCACGGCGACUCUUGCAGCCCUUGUAAUCAAUGUUGUGGCAGUAGUUUCAGCCCAUGAAGUUCUCUUUGAUGUGCUGAGCUUAUUGUGGCUGACUUUGAUCCUGGACACGUUAUGUGCUAUAGCUCUUGCUACACAGCAGCCCACCAAGGAUCUCAAGGAGGGGCCACCUGUGAGCCAGACUCAGCCACUCAUUACCAACAUAAUGUGGAGGAAUAUAUUAUCCCAAGCAGUAUAUCAGAUAGCCGUUGGCUUGACCCUAAACUUCAAAGGAGAAUCAAUCUUCCAUGUUAACGAGAAGGUAAAGAACACCUUGAUAUUCAAUAUCUCUGCAUUAUGCCAGGUUUUCAAUCUGGUCAAUGCAAAGAAGCUGGAGAAAAAGAACAAGUUGUUUUGGGGGACCAUUGGGAUAGCCAUAGUCCUUGAGGUCGUUGCGGUAGAAUUUUUGAAGAAAUUUGGGGAUACGGAGAGGUUGAGCUGGGGACAAUGGGCUGCAUGUAUCGGGGUCGCAGCCGUAUCUUGGCCGAUCGGAUUCCUCGUCAACUACAUUCCUGUUUGA